GAGGUCGGAGACCCGCAAUUUAUAAGCUAUUGCGGUACACUACAAUUCUCAUAGACGAGUGUGCUCUAGAGACGAGUAGAUUGAGAUCGAGAAAGUGUGUAAUAACCCUGACCAGGACCAAUAUAAAGACUGGUAAUAAUUUUGGGGGCUUUAAUUCAGCUGAUUCAUCUAAAAAGUAAGGCCAAAAAUAAUGUCAGAUGACAGUGAUGCCUUUGCUAGUGCAGAUGAAAGUAUCCAUAUUAGUGUUGAAGCGAACAACCCAGUGAAAAAUCAUCUACAGUCUAAUUUUAAAGAGAACGUCGAUAAUCACGACUAUAGUAAUCCAAAUAUUUUAUCUAAGCAACUUGCAAAUCCAGCGUCAUCGACAAAAAAGUCAAAUGUAGUUGAAUCAAGAAAGAAAACUGCCAAACAAACGAAAUUACAAUCUGUGCCCAAAAAGUUUGAAAAAGUUAAUGAAACACCGUUGAAUAUCAACUCAAAGAAAAAUCUUGGAGAAGUCACAUCUGUCGGGUUUAGCGCUAAUAAAAAUGAAAAACAUGACCAACAACUUUCAUCUUUCCGUCCUUCCAAAAAGUUUGAGGGGCCAGUAAAAUGUGUAAAAUCUAAAAUGGAGAGAGUAGGUUCAAAUGAAGGGAAUAAUUUCGUAGAUAAACGAAGUGAUUUUCCGAUCAGUAAUAAAGAGGAACAAGUUAUUAAUGAUGACACCAAUAAAUGCUCCAAAGUGAGCGAAUUCAUAACUGAACAACUCCCUGUAAUAGCAGAUAUUAUAAAUCCCAUCACAUCACUUCAACUUCAUUCUGAAACAGAUAAACUUUCGACAGUUGAAUCUUCAACAGAAGUAGAUUUCACAACUUCAGUUGCUCCAAACAUCCCACGUGGUCAGGGUAAUGGGAUGAGUUCACUUGUUGUGUUAGGGGAUGUAAUAAAAGGAAAUCCACCAUAUGACGAAGUACUAAAACGAAGAGUUGAAGUACAAUCUGGAGAGGAAAGCGAAAGGAAAGUAAUAUUAGAUACAUGGAACAGUGUUUGGAAUACAUCGUGGACUAAUGACGAUGACAAUCAAGAGGAAGAUGACGACAAUCAACAGAGUGGUGGCUGGGAAGUAGACUUUCUGGAGGAAUCAGGCGAUAUAUCUGAAUCACAGUCAAGCAACAUAAAUUACUCAAUGGUUAAAAAUUCGAAGAUUCUUGACUCAACUAACAAUUCUUCAUGUGGUAGCCAGAUUUCGUCAAACAUAGAAAAGCGCGAUGUAGAACAAAAGACAAGUAGCAGCAAUUUUUCAUGGGGUUGGAGUGGUCUAUCUUCAUUCGGCCAACAAUUGACUUCUUCACUACAAGCAACUAGUUUAAAUUUAGUACAAGGAGGUGUCGAUGUUCUGGAAUUAAUCGGACGUAAAACGAUGUCUGUAUUGGCUGAAAAUGAUCCUGGUUUCAACUAUACCAAAAAGUUUUUACGUCCACCAAAUGCUAUUAAUAAUUGUCCAAAUCUUUCUAAGUUGCUGCGUGAAGCUUAUGAAUUGCAUACAUCUACCGAAUCAAGUAGUCAAAAACCCAACAAACAAAAAUGCGGUGAUUUCACUCAUCAACUGGAGUGUUCUCGUGCAUUACUUCAUUUAGAAUCAUUGGAAUUAGUUAGUGAACAAGCCAGUAAUCAAUUACACACUCGUCUAGAUUCUUUAACAAUGGAUACUACUGAUAAUGAUAAUCUAUUUGAAGCAAUAUGGACUAAUUUAAAUUUGGAUGAAGUAGAAAAUGAUGAUACUGAUGACGAAUACGAUGUGGAUAAUCACGAUCGCAGCACUGCUGCCAACAGGAUUUCUCCAACAUAUAGUUCAUAUGCAUCGAUAAUGAAGAAAUUCAAAACUAAACUCCCUAACGAUUAUAAUCUUGACAAAGAUGAUAAAUCUGAUCAACAAUUGCCAGAGAAUUUAAGUAGUCGAACUGUUCAAUUAUGGUGCAAAAUAACUGAAACAUCUGAUUGUUUAAACUCAAUUUAUCCAAAUGGACGAUUUUUAGAAGUAAGUUUAAGGUCCGUUAGGUUUGCUUUUAAACAAGUAGGUGAAUCAAUUCUCUGUUAAACUGUCACGGGGAUUAGAAUAUAGUUAAUUAGUUUAAGAUUGUUAAACAAAAUUCGAUCAGUUAUACUAGUUACCAGUUAAAUUAUAGAGUUUGGUAAAAAAAAAUAAUAUAUUAUCUAAAUUACUUGGGAUUCAGACACAAAAGAGUCUUGCCAUCGUAUAAUUUAAAAGGCAUAAUGUGAAACCAUAACUACACGGAAUGGUUACUCGUUAUGGUGUAAAUUUUGUUGGAAGUGUAAAUCAAUAAACAUUUGUUGUUCUUUGUUCUGUUCAAACUAGACUCUAUUUAAUCGCGUAAUUACUAAUAUACUGAAUGGUAAGGACUUUUAUUCAAUUUAUACAUCAACAAAGACUUCAGUAAGUGAAGACCAUGCCACUUUUAUGAAAAAUGUGACAGAAGACUACAUCGGGUUCUCCACUGGCUUCCAUUCUGAGCCACAUCUAAUGCCAUCUCAGAUCACUGAGUUGCAGUUUCUAAGACACCGAUCGAAGAUUUGCAAUAGACUGACAUUCCAGAGUUCUAUACAGCCAUCCUUCAUACUCGAGGUCCAGUCCCAGCAUCGACAACUACUGCAUAGUGUGGAAGUCACUAGGAUAAUAUCUACAAACCAUAUUUAAGCCACCAACGUCGUUUCACGAUGGCGUCUCCCUUUUAAUCGUUAUCACAUCGCCCAAACACAUUAUGGGACCUCAGCCUUACUAACAUGGUGGUGUCAUAUAAAUGUUUAAGAUGAGAAUUUUCAUACAUAUUUUUAAGAACAUUGUCUUUUUGUCGACAUUUCGGUCAGUCUUAACACAAUUAUCAUGUAAACUAUAAGAAUUCAUCAUAGCAUUACAAGAUAAAUUUAACGAGACCGAUCACAAAAAAGUGAAAAUAACAUUAAUGAUAGCAAUAAAAAAUGAACAGGGAAUAUGGUUCAGAAUGGUUCACCAAACAAAGCUAUGCAAUAAUAAUGUCUCAAAACACAGUAGAAGAUUAAUAAUAAACAUAUCUAAGCUGAUGAUUCCGCUCUUCAGCGAUGAUAUAUACAACCAUCGAAUAUGAUUAUCAUAAAGGCACACUAUAACGGUUAGUGACUUCGUAGUUAGAUGUGAUGUGUUGGUUUGGAUGCCCCAUUACUUUUUCCAACCUACCUCUGUGAUAUCUAGCAUUUUACAUUGGGGUAGACGGUAAUUUGAUGUAUGAAACACAUAAUUACAUGGGUACUAUCCAACAUCAUACUUCACUUUAACAUUGAUGACUAAAAGUUACUUUUCAGGUUGCACAAUAUAACAACUAAGUUGUAUGAUUCUUUCACGAAAUGCACUGUUUUGAAAUCGAUAGAUAGAAAGCUUAUUGGCAUCCCUCAGCAAUAACUAUGUUCACGAUGUUUAGGAAACCAAAACAACAUAAAACUGGUUAUCAACGAGAUCAUUAAUCUAUUUAAAAUUGUGAUGGGUUUGAUUUAGCGUCUCUCUAAAUUACAACGAGAUGAACGAAUUUAGUUCUCAACUAGGGGAAUCUGUGGUCAGUCAUGAGCGAAGCAAUCAUCCUGAUAAUUAAAACUAAUCAGUAUUAUUUUAAAAUAGCCAACAUUGGUAGCCUAUAAAAUUACCUUAGUGCACUGUUUCUUGCACACAAGCAUGAGUACCUUUGCUUCAUUUUAGGUGUAUCUUUAUGUGUUGUUCCUCAUACCGAUCACCUUGUAUAUACUAAGUGCUCAUGAUAAAAUGUCAUCAUUAGAAUAAUUUACUUGUUUAUUUAAAUUCGUACCAUUCGUCGUCAACAACGACGAACUCAUGAUAUCCUUCGACGUAACAGCACUGUUCACCUCAAUUGAACCACAACUAGCAAAAGAAACUAUAUCCCUGCUACUCAACAACGACACAAAUCUCACCAAAUACACGACGCUUCAAAUUAAAAGUCUACUGGAACUCAUCGAUUUAUGCCUAACAACAUAUUUUCAAUUCAACAACAAAAUCUACGAACAAACAAAAGGGACACCAAUGGGAUCACCAAUAUCAGGACUGAUAGCAGAAGCAGUGAUGCAAAGACUAGAAGCCACGAUAUUACCAGUGAUCAAGCCAAAAGUUUGGAUUCGCUACGUAGACGACACCUUUGUCAUCGUCAAAAAGGAUGAACUAGAAAACACAUACAAACUGAUCAACAACGUUUUCAACGACAUCAAGUUUACAAUGGAACAGGAGUCAAACAACCAACUAGCAUUCUUGGAUAUAUUGAUCACUAGAACCGAUACAGGAAAACUGGAGACUCAAGUAUAUAGGAAACCGACCCAUACAGAUCAAAUCCUCAAUUACAACAGCAACAACCCAAGAGCUCACAAAAUCAACUGCAUACACACAUUGUUCAAGAGGGCGAGGACACACUGCAGCACACUGGCAGCACGAAAAAAUGAAGAGAAACACCUGAAGGACAUAUUUCAAAAGAACGGCUACCCAAUCAACUUCAUCAAAAAGCACCAACGGCACACAGCAUCAGAACCCAAAUCAAGCACAAAAAUCAACAAAAGGAUCACCCUACCGUACAUACAAGGAAUAUCAGAAACCGCAACGAGACUGCUGAAAACCUUCGGGAUAGGUGUGGCACACAAACCAACAAAAUCAUUACAAUCAAUCCUAUGCAAACCAAAAGAUG